UGCGAAUGUUGAUGAGGUCGGCCUCGAUCUCAAAGUCGCGCGCGCUCGUCAACUGGCCCACGCUCUUGCCCUGAUCCCACCGAAGGCGGCCUGCGCCGCUGGUUACUGCAGCGGCAGCGGCAGCAGCAGCAGCCGAAGCGGCCGCAGAUGCAGCAGCGCGUGAAGUGCCGUCGUCGUCGCCACCGUCGCCGUCAGCGCCCGAGCCAGAGGCUGUGUUGACGGCGGCGGCAGCAGCGGCAGCAGCAGCUGCCGAUGUCUUUGCGGCCUUUUUCUUGUUUUUGUUCUGCUGGUGCAUCAGCUGGCCGCGGAGACCAGACAUGUACGAGCUGUCGCCCAUGCCUCCACCGACACCAGCGAGGUGGAGCAUGCCCGCGCCGGGACCGGCAAUGUCAAAGUUGGAAGGCGGCAGGGAUGCGAUGCCCGCUGAUGGACCCGCUCCAAAGGCAAAGCCCGACAGCUCCGCAAGGGAGCCAGCGAGGCCGUUGCUCUGCCCCGCGUCUGCGCCUCCGCCCCGGCUGUUGGGCGUCGUGGUGCCGUCGGCGCUCGAUGCACCCGCGAGCAUGAGUCCGAGCGAGGAGCCAGGGCUAUCGCGGUGGGUAAUACCAGCGCGCGCGGCCAUCGAAAGUGGCCCCGCCGCGUCCUGUUCGUUGCCGGUGUCUCCGCCACUGCCGCCAGCUGCACCUCCGCCCACCCCGCCGCCGCCGCCGCCGCGUCUGGAUGAUGCUGCAGUGCCCUUGUUCCUGAGUUUCCGCGUAGCAUGGGGUCGAUUCGAAGCGUCCAAGAAUGUGUCUGAUUCGAAAGGGAAAACAAAGGACGCAAAUCAGCGUCAUCCUUCUCUCUUUCUAAGAGCUGGAGAGGUGCGCCUGCAUCUAGACUACUCACCGGCCAGACUGCCUUCGCCGCCCUCCUUUUCUUCGCGCAGCCGAGUCCGCCGCUCGUGCACGGCGGCGAGGAGCCUCUCGCGGACGGCCUUCUUGGCGCUCUUGGCCUCGUCCUCGACCUUUUGGCGUUCCUGCUCGUAGGCGCUCCGUGCGCUCUCGACCUGGUGCGCGUGGAGGAGGGC